CCACUCUUAAGCCCUAGGGAGCAGAGUGCCUGUCACCCAUGGGAGUGCAGAGAGCUGCAGAAAGGCUGUCCGGAGCACAGAUCUCGGUAUUGGAAACGGAGGAGGACCAGGGAUGUGCUAUGCUUCAAACAGUUCCAUCUUUGUUAGACCCCAGAUUGGACAGCCCAAGCCCCCACCAGCCCUGUGGAGAGGAGCAGGAAAGCAGUCUGCCUUUACCGGGAAAUGCAAUCGAUCUGGCAUCAGAAAAGAUCCUCGAGGAGGUGUGCAGGAAGCAGGGAGGCAGCCCCGGGGAGUACGGCCUGAAGUUCCAGAGGAGUGUGCUGGAUCUCUCUUUACAGUGGAGAUUUGCCAGACUGCCCAACAAUGCCAAACUGGAGAUGGUGCCGGUCUCCAGUAGAGCGGGAAUUGGAAACACGGUUCGGAUUGCGUUACAGUUGGAUGAUGGCUCCCGUUUACAGGACACCUUCCUCUGUCAACAGACUUUGUGGGAACUUCUAAAUCAUUUUGAAAAUAUCAGAGAUACAGCCGAUCCCAGUUGGAAGCAAAACCCAUUGAAAGUAAGGCAAGGGGAGCUGAUGGAACAGCGUGGUGAAUUUUCUCCCGUCUGUAUUUACAUGCGAGAUGAGGUAUCAGGAAAAGAUGCUCUGGAGAAGACAACACUGAAGUCACUUGGCCUGACUGGAGGCAGUGCCAUCAUCAGAGUUGUCAUGAAGAAAUGCAGCUCGUCUGGCCAGGAGGAAGCUGUGGGUGCCACGGUGUGGUGUAAUGAGGCUGCAGAGAGUUUAGGCUCUACUGAAGGAGCAGUGGAUGUGCCCCUACCUCAAGCAAACACGUUCCCGAAGGACUUGGACCACAUGGAUGUGGCCAUGUCUUUAAAGAGCUGCACAGACAAACAAGACUCAAUUAGAGAAUCUCAUGCCAGCUUGGAGGAGCAGUGGCCUUCCUCAGAGCUUGAAUCUACCCCAUUUGUCCCUUUUUCUGGAGAUGGGCAGCGUCUGGGGGACUCUUCUGUAGCUGUGCCAUCUCUUGGGUUAGAAAUGCCAUCUUCAAAGCUGCCAACAACUUUCUCCAGCCCUGGAGGCCCUUCUAAGCCAAAGAAGUCUAAGAACAGCCAAGAACCGCAAAAGGAGCAAGAACAGCAUAUGGAGCGAGAGCCACUUGUGUAUCACCUAGACCUGCUAGAAACACCUCCUGCUGGCCCAGAAGAGCUUCCUGAUGAGUUUUUUGAAGUCACAGUGGAUGAUGUACGGAAACGUUUGGCACAGCUGCAGAGUGAGAGGAAACGCCUGGAAGAAGCUCCACUGAUGACAAAAUCUUUCAAGGAGGCUCAGCUGAAGGAAAAGUUAGAGCGUUACCCCAAGGUGGUGCUAAGAGUCCAUUUUCCAGACCGUCAUGUUCUACAGGGGUUCUUCCGUCCUACUGAAACUGUUGGUGUUUUGAGAGACUUCGUAAGAAGCCACCUUGCAAAUGCAGACUUGCCGUUUUACUUGUGUGAGUGUGCGAUUGGUAAUAUUUGUCCUGCUUUCCAAAGCCUGUUCCUAUCUGUGGUGCAUAUGGGAUCUCAUGAAGCCAUGAGAACCAUCUUGAACGAUGAAACUUUGACACUCUUUGAGGCUAAGCUCUUUCCAACUGCUGUCAUUCACUUUGGAUCCAAGGAGUGCAGGGACUGUUACCUGAAAUCGGACCUGCUGAGCUCGCCAGUUUCUCCUUCUGCGGCUGAUCUGUUAGUAGCCAGAUGCUUGUCCACAUCACUAGCUCCUUCUGCCUCGUCAUCUUUAGAAUCAACAAUUCCAUCACUAUCUGAACCAGAAGGGGGAAGUGACAAAAAGGCUGAUGAGCGGCCAGAGCCAGCAAGAGUGCACGAUGCACCACAGGUGUCGAGAAGGGCCCCUGGGAAAAUGCCCAAAUGGCUGAAGCUGCCAGGUGGGAAGAGAUGAAACAUUCCACGCUGCUGGAUCCGUGAGCAGUCAGCUGUACCUCUCUGCUUGUGAACUUAUUCAGAAUGCGUAAGAAAUUGUUGGUGGCCCUGGAGAGAUCUAAUCUGUAUCAAUAGUGGUUAUAAAUAAAAAAAAUGAUAUUUUGGAUGCCAGUUUCACCUUGGGAGGAGUGGAAGGCCUGGUUGUGGUCUGCGUGACUGCAGAAGCAAGGUUAGCAGUUAAAUUUAAGAUUUCUUGCAUGCAAGUAAUUCCUAUGCACUUUCCACAAAGGAAUUUCUUUCUAUCCAUAUUUUUAAAUUCAAAUCUUCCCAGUUCUACCUUCAAUGGUAACUUGAGUUGAGCUGCUUGAAUUCUAGUAGCAAGGUACAGUUUGAUUCAGUUUUAACUACAGUUAAGUGCUGCCUGGAUUGAGACUUCUUGCUGCUCCUCACUGGCUGGGGUUAGCGCUGCUGCUAAUUCUGGGCAUAGGUGGCUGGAAAGGGAGCAAAGAGGGAGCACUUAGGUCGCUUAGAAGAGUUCCAGCAGGCUUUUCCUGUUCUCUUGGUCUGUACUUAACAUCGAUUUCAGUUGCCAGAAUCCCCUUCACAAGAACACGGGUACCUGUUGAUAGACUGUUUCUGCCUCAAGCUCUGUGUUUUGUUUUCACUACUUAAAAUUAUCAUCAGUAAUUCUGGUGAGGGGAGUAACAUCCAGUAAAAGGGUCUCUUCAUGUGACCUUCGAUUUAGGGACCCUGUGGUCCGAAUGUUUCCAUGGCAGUGACUGCUCUCUGCAGUGCAGACAGUGUACGGAGGGGAGCACUAGUCUGGACCAUGGCCUCCGGCAGACCUUGUCCUGGCAGGAAUAUUGUUGGUUAGAGUUGUGCUUAGCGUUGGAGGUGAACUCCAUACUGCCAGAGUAGCCAUGGUGCUAUAUUCUAUUUGAAGUCUUCUCCAUGGAUCAGUAAUUCCUAUUGGACAGCUGGGGUUCCAUGCUACAGUUAUAAUGCAUUUUCCAUUUUCCUUGUGUAGACAAUUGUUCGCUGACCUAUGUGUGCAUCUGCACAAUUUGUAGAUGUAAUAAAGCAGAGUGGCAAUA